GCGCCGUUUUGGCUUCGCGAUAAUAAAUUCGUCGCGGUCAAAAUGGCCGCGCCGUGCUGUUAUUUUUAAACGCGACAACAGGUUUUCUCCUCGACUUUAAAAAUUAUCGAACCACUUUUCGAAAUUUUCGAUCGAUGCGGUUGCGUAACGGGGGGAGAAGCAUUUUUUUCGAUUUAAAUAUAGCGGGUGUUCGGAGAAAGUGAUCGUUAAAAAUAGUGUCCCAGAUAGUGUUUUGUUACACCUGCGUAACAGGCAGACGCGGCUUUCUGAUAUAACUAAACACGAAGAAUCGAGGCAGUUAUAAUCAAAACUCCAGCUUGCGAAAUCAAACUCAGCGCUACCGUAAAUCAUGGAUCCUCCAGCGUGCGUCCAGAACGCCAUGAUGACCAAAGACAAAAAACCCUUCACCUACACGCCCGGAGGCAUUGACUUGUCCGAAGUCCGUUCGCCCCGGAUGCAAAGAAGGAUAGAGCGUAACGCUAAUCUGGGAGGAGUCGGCGACGUCCCGAAGUUGCCCCAGCAGGCGCAAAACAUUGGACCAUUGCCUCCGUCCGCUCUGGCCGCCAUGAGACCUCAAACCCAAGUGCAAGUAUUCCCUCAACCUCCCCCGCCGCCACCGAUGCAAAAAUCUAUGCCUCCACCGCCUCCCCCGCCGAUGGGACCACUACCGACUCAGAAGGUGACGAUGACCGACAACCAGGUGGUAGAAAGACCUGACAUGACGAAAAUAAUUCCCGAAAACCCCAUGACAUUAUUGAGGAAAACGGGAGGUCCGGCUCCGCGGAAAACGUUCGUCGAUGAGAUGUAUUCGCAGCAAAGCAAGGCUCCGCCGUCGCCCCCUCAAAGGCAAUACGAACCUUUACAAUCUGGCCAACCUCCGAUUAUCGAGAGGUCGCCUCCGGUACAGCAGCAGCAACCCAAUUACCAAAUUCCGCCGGUGCGACAAUACGAACCGGAACCUCAGAGAUAUCAACCGCCAGUUAUUGAAAGGUCUCCUCCAGUUCAGCCACAGCAGCAACCGAGUUUUCCGGCUCAACCGCAAAGAUAUCAGCCGUCGGUUAUCGAAAGACCCGCACCUGUCUCACCUCCUACCCAGCAAUCGCAAAGGCCUCAACAGUAUCAACCUCAACCUCAAACCUUUCAACCACCCGUUAUUGAGCGCCAACCUCCGGCACCUAGGCAACCCGAGCGUGCCAUUAAUUCAAACGUCGGUUCUUUAUAUAUACCACCAAUUAAUCAACAGGCCCAGCAAAAUCAACAGAAGAGGGUGGUUUCGCCGCCGAGUCCUCCCGAAAGACAAGAGCAAUCGCCGGGCACGCCUACCCUGAAAGAAGCUCCCAAACCGUGGCAAGCUAAACCAGUACAAUCACAACAAGAACUGCCCCCGUGGGCUAGAAGAGAGGAAGAGAGUAUCAACCAAGGACCGCAACCUUCGCCGGCAAACAAUGCACAGCAGAGAUGGCAACAGCCUCCGCAGCAACCCGCGCGACCUCCACAGCAGCAAUAUUCUCCAAAAUCUCCCAGCACUCAAGAUCAACAUCCCUCGAAUGUAUUCCCCGUUCACAUUGAGAUCCGCGCAGUUCCUUAUCCCCCACAAUCCCAGGAGCCAGAUGAGAAGAAACCGAACGCCGUGUAUGUAACCCAACCUGUUAUUCUUCAGCAUCCGGGACCUAGAAUUAACGCGCAGCAGCAAAGACCACAAGCUCCUCCGCAAACGCAACCAAAGCAACAAACUCAGCCAAAAGUUGACAGCCAGGGUGCCAGAAUAAUUCCCAUCCACGUUGAAGGAAGAACUCCGCCUUCUACACCAGGCGCUGAACGAAACCUGAGUCGUCAACUGAGCUGGGGCACGCAGCCGCCGCAAUCGAAUUCCUUUAAAGUGAUCCAGAAAAUCACCCGAACCGAUGACGAUGAAGAUGAAGACACUCCCGUUACCCACCAUUCCCCCAGGUACACCCAACAGAUGCCGGAACAGGUCAGGAAGAUGAAGAUCAAUGAUAACGAUCGGUUCAAACAAGUAUCUCAAAGUCCAGGAGGUAGAGUGGACCCUAGAAUAACCGUACCAGCGGAAGCGGAUACCCAGCAGCAACGGUACGUUCAUCCAAGCGAACAAGUAGUACCCGAGCCUAAGAAAUACAUGGGAAGCAAUAUUCCGAGUAGGUCAUUCAAAAUUUUGCAAGCCAUGACCGCUCCGGACAGUUGUGCCAAUGCCAACUACGACGAAGAAAUACCCUACAACCCGACCUUUAACCCGUACAACUAUCCAUAUUAUCCUCCCCCGCCAUACUGGCACGCGUUUUACCAAGACCAAAGAUCGGAAUCGUGUAAAACUGACGAGGCGAGCGUUAAAAGCGGACGAAGCACACCCUCGCAUGCGUCUUACGCAAACGGAAGAACCACCCCCUUGCCUAAAGGCCGAAAUACUCCGCUUCCGCCGCCGCCCAUGUACGGCCCACCCUUCUGGGGUUACCUGCCCGCGUAUUACCCAUCGAAACCUCACGAGCAGAUCGAUAGCGAGGGUGAGACUAAGGAUAGUUCGAGAACUUCCGCACAUUUUCAUCCAAUGUACCCUCCUUACUUUGACCCUUACUAUUAUGGUUACUAUUACGGAUAUCCACCAUUUAUGCCCGCGUAUCCUUUUUAUUCGGACGGUGAGGAGAUGAGCGGGUAUUCGUCGGCAGACGAAAUGGCAAGUUAUAACCGCCGGCCAUCUUUAAAACGCAGGAAUAGUCUAGAAAACAGCGUGCAAGCGCUUAGGCAACAUUUCGAAGUCAGGAGCAAGUCCGCCACCCCCAGGGUCGUAGUCACACCCUCAAGUUCACAGGAAAAAGUUCCGAAGCAAGCCACAAACCGUGACACGCGCGAAGAAGACGAACAUUACCAACCUUCUGAUGCAAAACCGAAUGAAAUUUGCAGGCUAAAGUCCAUCAAGUCGGUGCCCAACAUAAACGUGUACGACGACGAAGAUUUGACUGAUACAGAAACGUCAGGUUCUGACGAGUCGACUGAAGACGAAGACGAAGAAAUUCAGAUAGUGGAAGGAGAGGAAGAAACGAUUCCUCAUCAGUUGAGUAUCAUAUUCGAGGAAAGCGAACGGACGGAGUCGAGGUCUUUGAGACCAAGCAGCGUGAUCAGCGAGACGACCACCAUCGCGGACAAAAGCGACGAAGACGACUACUUGGACGACGGUAUGGUGUCCAAAGUUUUUGGUAUCCACGUCACUGAAGGAAAAAGAGAAGAGCUCGAUGUUGCGAUGGACGCUUUCGAGGAAGAAACCCAAGUUUUGUUCACAUUUAUAAGUCCCAAUCUCACACCGAGAAAUGCGUCGCCUGUAAGUUUGCAAAAUGAAGAAGACCAGGUGCCUCUCGAGCAGCCGGUCGUGCUCAGGAGAAAAAAAGAAGCUCGUGCCGGCCAGUUUUGGGGCGAAAAGGACGAAGUCAGCAAGUCGACAAAAUGCGUUUACGAUAAACUCAAAGAGUCGGACCUGCUCGAGUUGACCAACGACAGCGGCAAACUGAUGGAAAUGGAAAGUUUCGUCGAGAAACUGGAGCAGAUUAAGAGAAACUCUGGCCUCUGGAGUUACGAAGAGACCGACUUGAUCGCCGACGAAAAAUCUCCAGAUGUAGAGGAAGCGAAAGAGUCCGGCGACUCGGAAGAAUCGGAGAUAGAUUUCUGGAGUCAAAUCAAGAACGACGACGACGACUUCUUGCCCAGAAGACGUAGCUACGCUACGAAUUACGGCUACGAUGAGGAAUCCAUAGGUGAUCAACCUGCUGGCAACGAACAAGAUCUCACAGUUACCGGUUCCGCUGGCUCUUUAACUAGCAGCCCUGUCGAGAGCGUAGUACGUGAGAGCGAUGUCGAAAAUGCCACGCAAAUCGCCGAAAGUAACCCGCACGAUGUCGACGAAGACACGUCGGAUUCAGAAUCGUCGUCAUCUUCUUCGUACGAAGAGCAAAAGUCGGAGGAGAUCAAACCGGAUACCGCCGAACCUCAAACGAUCAAAGAGCGUAUCGAGGCGCUCAGAAACAGCAUCGCUCAGAAGCAAAACAAAAUCAAGGAAAAGGACGAGGUAAUGGUGUGCGUCAAGAGUAAAAUAUCCGCCAUAGAAGUGACGGGCGAGGCUCGUAGCAAAACGGCUUCGACCAAAAGUAGCAUCAAGUCGUUCGAAGAGUACUCCGAAGAGGAGGAGGGCGACUCGGGGGUGAUUUCAGACAUUUCGAGGCACAUUUCGGACUCGGAAGAGUUUCCGGAGUUGCGCAAGAUGACCAGAUACGAACGCGCGGCCACGCACUCCAGGUUGUUUAAGUUACUGCAGGAGGAAUGCGACAGCGACGAAGAAGAGGAAGACGAGAGAAAUCGGAGCCAGGACGGCAGGAGCAGGUUGAGUUUGCCGCUCCACAAGUGCGAGGCAGGGGCGGUGAAUGAGAAACUCGUGGACGAGUUAGUUCAGAGCAUAUUGUUGCGUCGCAAAGGGCAAGCGUUUAAGAACAUGCCCAAAGAGAAGCUCUACGCGGCAGCGGUGAAAAUUCUGCAAGAAGAUUUCGACAAUACCGAGACUCCGUCCGAGGAGUUCAGCAGUCUUUUGUCGCCUUUGAGGAGCGGCACGGAGAACAGCACCCCCGCGCAGACUCCUCAAGAGUUUUACUCGAACUGUAACGAGUACAAGCAGUACUACGAGUCGUGGAACGAAGCCGGUAAGGAGUACGACGAAACCAACGAGAUAGUACCUUCGAAAGCGUUCAAGUUGCUGCAAGAGCGGAUAAGCUCGAGCAAGCUGGGCGUGAUCGAGGGGUUCUUGGCCAAGUGUCCGAGAAUAAUGUCGGCCAAGGUUUUGGACGGUUCCGAUCGCAUCCCCUCCCCCCCAACCCAAAAUUCGAACGAAGUAACGAACACGUCAUGAGACGAACGACGGCAAAAUUUUGCGAAAAAAAUUGUUGUUGGACCCCUCCGGUAAAUUGUUUGAGGCCCAGAUCAGUCGGAUUUAUAGGCCCGUCUCUUAAGGAACGGAAGAGGAAGAUUCGAAGAGUCGAGCAUUGAGAACUGACGUCGUUCGUGUCGAGUAUGUCACACGAUUGUUUUUCGCUUUAUAAGACGCGCAUUUUUUUUUGUAAAUAGAUUAAUGUUUCGUGGUAUUUUAAAAUUUAACCGCUGAGGAAUGUUCGAACCCAUUUUGAUGAAAAUACAUAUUAAUACUAUAGUUUUAUUGUAUAUAAUUUUAACGCGUUGUUGGAUGUAUUGUAUUUUUAAAUAAAGACAAAGUCGAC